ACAACCAGACACGGGAUAAUCGGCUGACCGCACUCCAACUAUAGCUUUGAAGGAUGUAGUGGCUGUAGCAGAACAAAUAAUAAAAGUACUAGACAUUUCAGUACAAACAGAAACUUAUUUGUCCGUGUGUGCUCUAUCAUCAAAACAAUUUCUCAUACACAAAUUUGUUUGCAAAUGAUUGACGUCUCUAAUUAUUGAAGUUUCUUUUGUGAAGAUGUUGAAGUCUAUACAGGAUACUGUGUGAAUGAAACGUGAAUUCUCUUUCUCAAGAGAAGGAAUGACACAAGGUCAAUAUUGUGGCUUGGACAUUAUUGAAAAGUUAAUUGCUUGCGGCCAAGCUAUACGUAUAGUGGACAUUACACAUUGAUUUCUUUGCUUCUGCAUGAUGAUGUUCAUCGUUUCGUCUUCUUCAUGUUCUGGGAGCGAUAAUUCACAGAUUAUUCAUCACUACUGAUGUGACAGUUUGGGUUAUUUCGUGGAUAUUUAUCAAGUAUUCUGAGAAGACCAAUUCGACGAAAAGAUGACAAACGCGGACUACCAGGCGCUUCUCUUUUCUCGAGAUCGUCUUUCUCUGCUGCAGAAAGGACUGACAGCUGUGAUGAACGCUAUGCAAGGUGUACUGGCUGUACAGGAUGAUCUAGCAUCAUCAGGAAUGAUGUCUAUUAAAGCAGCUGAACAUGCUAAGCAACUUGAACAGAUCGAUAAAGAUUGUUGGGAAAGGAUAAGAGUUGAACUCCUGGAUGUUUACAAGUCCUUCCAGAAGAGAGCAUCUCAUCCUCCAGGGUUUGAGAUCAAUGGUAAUGACCUAGCUGCGGACCGUAGCAAACAGUCUGCUGCCGAGUGUCUGCUCGGGCUUACAGAGCGGGUCGACGAGGUGAAGAAGGGACUCGAUACCAGGUUAAAGGUGACGGCCAAACGAGAAGAAAAUAUGAUAAAGGAAGUGAAGUUAUUACAAGAACAACUUUAUGACGAAAGACAGCAAAGCGUAGAGCUGAAGUGGAAAGCUCAAGAAGCCACAGAAAAUGCAGGGAAAUACACAGUACCCGUCUUACAAAAACAGCUCAAAGAAAAACAAGAAGAAAUUUCACAAUUAAAACGGAACGGCACUGUUCAACUUUGGGAUAAGGAGAAGACAAAGCUUAUGGAAAGCUCCAAGCAGCGUGAAGAGAAACUUACCAAAGAAUUAGCAGAUACACAGAAGAGAUUUGAAGACAUGAAGCAGAAAUUGACCGAAAAAUUACGAGAAUCCGAAGAGAAGCUGAAAAUACAGAAGAUGAAAGACGUCCUCGAUAAGAAAACCAUCAACAAAAACGAAUUGGAGUUAGAGAUCGAAGGAUUGAAAAGAAAGAUCUACUCUAAGGAGAAAGACGUGGCUCGUAUUGAGGAAGAGAUUAUCAACCAACAAAGAUUGGCUGUCGGCUGCUUUAAAGGCAUUCAGAAAGAUUUCAAAAUCCUAUGUACCCGCCAAGAACAGAACAAGUAUAAGAAGGUGGAUGCUAAGAGAUUUAAGAAGAUACUCAACGCUAUCUGUGUUGGAGCUAAGGAUGGUCGACUCGACAUCACUAAGGCAGAUCUACCUCUCCAAUACAUCGCAUUACCAGAGGAUCUUACGGGUCACCCCAUCAAGAGGAGCUCGGGCAAAGUGCUGGUUUCGAAGCAGGACAUCCGACAUCACCUGAGCCCUAUAGGUAACGAGGCAUCAUCACCUCCAUCAUCACCGGACGCGAGCCCGUCAUCAAGCCCGAAGUCGUCGAGGAAGAACAUGAAGAACGGUGGUGAGCGGAAACUAGAGCCGAUAGACGGAUCAGAGGAGAAUGAGAAAGAGGAGGCAAAGGAUGUAAUGGAAGAAGACCCGGGCAUGGCAUUCAGGAAAGCUACUAAUGUCAGGAAACGAAGAGAGUCCAGAGCAUCAUUAACCUUUCAACAUGUUCCACAUCCAGACUUAGUCGACUUUAGCAAUGCCCAUCUGGACAUCGAAUUGGCAUUAAAACAAUUUCCAGAGCUUACCGAAACACAGAUCAAGGACCAUUACGAUCAGUUCAGACGGUAUGAUACGAGUGGUGAUCUUUUACUAGACUUCACGGAAGUGGUUCGAGCUAUUCAGUCAACCGUUGGGAACUUUUAUUCUCCAGCCCAAGUCAAGGAAGCGAUGGGUGAGAUUGAUAGUGAUAAUAAUGAUACUGUGGAUUUCUCCGAGUAUCUCACCAUUGCGCUCAUGGUCACGAACAAACGAGGCAGAUCCGAAGUCUUCCGAAGUGGAAUCGUCAAACAUGGCGGACAGUCGGUUUCAAAAUUAUGUGUCAUUCAGUGAUGUUCUUGUCUAUCAAUGAUUUUCUUAUUUAUUAUCUUGAUUAUUUUAUUUAAAGUUCGAUCUUUUAUUUAAAAAAAUAUAACCUUGAAAGCAGUUGCUUUAAAUGAAAGUUUGAAAAUCAGAGAAACAGAUUUUUGAAAAAGUUUGAUCGAAUAAGAGAUUUAUUAUUUUUAAAGAUGAGUUCACUAUAAAUCAUGCAUAUUUCAAAUCGGCCAAUUGGUUAAUGGCAUUCUAAUGUAUUUUUAACAGCCCUACCUUUUUGCUCCUACACUCGGAAUUACUCAAAUAUAAUGUUGUUGUUUUUUUUUUUUUUUUUUUAGCAGAGCAAUAUUGAUGUAAAACAUAUAAAUAUAUCAUAUCCAUCAUUUUUGUGAACAGUCCAAGGAGCAAAAAGAAAUGUAUAUUUCGGUAUCCAGUGAUUUUAGUUUCGGCUUCAAUUUUAGCUUAUUGCUGCAUGUUUACCACUGUGCGAUACUACUUAUAAAGUGAGUGCAGGUGUACAAUAUAAAGCAUGAUAAUGGAACAGAUUCGUUUCUAAAUGCUUCAUUGUCUGAUGACCAAUUUAACAGAAUUAGAUUUACAUAAUUUUAUUUAGUGAUCUCAUCUAGGAUAAGCAGAUGGUAUAAGUUAUUAGGUCUAAUCAUGACCAUUAUCAGUAUUGGACGAUUUGUACAAAACAUUUUUUUCAUCAAAUAUGUGCCUUGUUUUUAUAUUCCACUCGCCAACUUUCACUAUGUUAUAAGACGAAUAUGAGUUCUGAACUGAGCGCUAGCUAGUCUGCUUCCUCAUAGUAAACGUUGUUAUAUCACUGUCCUAAAAAUACAACAUAAAGGAAUUCAAAAGAAUUCUUAAAUGUUUUUAUUUGUCUCUUGUUUUCAACGAGCGUUUGUUAUAUAUGUGCUUGUUAUAAUGCGGGGCAACUGUACCUCUUUUAUAAGCCAGUACAACACAAAGUGGGAUGAAAGUAGGACGAGUCCGGACCGGAGGACCUGGAUCGACUAGACCCAGUAAGUCGGAGAUCACGAUACACUUGCAGGGAGGAGAGAGGGGUGCAAGAGGGGUGCAGGGGGGCUCUGGGGUGUAUGUAUGGCACCCUUAUUUAGUUUAGUGAAUGUGGAAAUUGCCUUCUGGCAUCCCUCUUAUCCUAAAAGAUAUUUUGCCAAAAUAAAUUCAGAGAAAUUCACCUUUAUUUGUUAUACUUCCCCCAUUCCUCGUUUAAAUUAUUAUUUUUUUAAUGCAGAUUUAAUCAGAAUAGUUGAAUUGUUACUGUUAUCUCAGAGGCUUUUUUGCAGUAUUUGUAUGCGUACUUAAAAUUGCAAGUAUUUUUUUGGUUUAAAUAUAAUUUGUUGAUUUACAUUUGUAUAGAUUAUGUGUAAAUAAAGUAAAUAAAGUAUUAUUAAAUGUAGCUAUAUAGACCCUA